AUGGAAGACUACCAUCCAAUAAGUACUCCUAUGGUGAAAAGGUGUAAGCUUAGUAAAGAGGAUGAAUCUUCGAGUAUAAAUAAAACUUAUUACAGGUCCAUGAUAGGAAAUUUGCUUUAUGUUACAACUACUAGACUUGAUAUUAUGCAAGCAGUUGGAUAUGUUGCUAGGUUUCUGGCUACACCUAAAGACACUCAUGUGCAAGCAGUAAAGAGGACCUUUAAGUAUCUCAAGGGUACAUUGAACUUUGGCUUAUGGUAUCCUAAAUGUUCAGAUUUUACACUAGCAACUUAUUGUGAUGUAGAUUGGGGAGGUUCAGUAGAUGACAAAAAGAGCACGAGUGGUGGUGCUUUCUUUCUUGGUGGUUGUCUUGUUUCCUAG